CUUUGGAUAUCAUAGAAAGGAAGAGAGUGAAAUAGCCCCCAUCCAUCCCUUAAAAGUCAUGGAAGAUCUUGUUUUGAUUGUUGGUGCUGGCCCCUCAGGCCUUGCUGUGGCUGCUUGCCUUGCAGUCCUCUCCAUUCCCUUCAUUAUAUUAGAGAAGGAGGAUUGUAUUGCUUCAUUAUGGAAGAAGAAAACUUAUGAUUGUUUGAAGCUACAUUUAGCUAAACAAUUUUGUGUUUUGCCUCACAUGCCUUUCUCUUCAACAACCCCAACAUUCAUUCCUAAAGAUCAAUUUAUCCAAUACUUGGAUGAAUAUGUUGAGCAUUUUAUCAUAAACCCUAUUUUCAAUAUGAAUGUGGAGUCAACCACAUAUAAUCGGGACAUCGAAAACUGGAAUGUCACAGCUUGCAACACUAGGUCUGGGGAGGUCAAAAGAUAUACAGGAAAGUUUCUUAUUGUGGCAACCGGGGAGAACAAUAAGAGCUUUAUUCCAAACUUUUUUGGCCAAGAUAGCUUCACUGGUACGAUUAUCCAUUCAUCAAACUAUAAAUCGGGGGCCCCAUAUGCAGGACAAAAUGUCUUGGUGGUUGGUAGCGGCAACUCGGGGAUGGAGAUCGCUUAUGAUCUCGCCAAUUUCGGUGCCCAAACUUCUCUUUGUGUUCGAAGUGCAUUCCAUGUUGUUACAAAAGAAAUGAUAUAUUUGGGAAUGAUACUGCUGAAGUAUCUUCCGCUGUUCCUGGUCGAUGCCCUUGUUCUCCUACUUGUUAAAUUUAGAUUUGGCGAUCUGUCCAAGUACGGCAUUGUUAGGCCCAAGAAGGGCCCAUUUUUCCUUAAGGCUACAGAAGGUAGGUCUCCUGUCAUAGAUGUUGGAACAGUUGGCAAAAUCAAAGCUGGAGAGAUUCAGGUCCUACCAGCACUUACAAGUAUCAAGGGUAAUGAAAUUGUAUUCGCGGAUGGAAAAUCACAAUAUUUUGAUGCUAUUGUUUUUGCUACUGGAUAUAGAAGUUCAGCAAACUGUUGGCUCCAGGAUGACCUUUUAAACGAGCAAGGAUUCCCGAAACAAAAAUUUCCCCACCACUGGAAAGGGAAGAACGGUGUUUAUUGUGUCGGGCUAUCAAGAAUGGGACUUGCAGGCAUUUCAAGUGAUGCUCAAUGUAUAGCAAACGACAUCCAUAUGAUCCUAAAAGCGAAGCGAGCUAUGUAAGCUGAUCAUACUGUUUUGUUAAUUUGAUUGUAAUAAAUAUUGGAAGAUCAGAGACUUAUCAAACAUUAUGUAAUAUUGCAAAAUAUGGAUGGUUUUGUUUGUAUUGCUUAUCAGAGAUGUCUGCUUCAA